AUGGCUGGCGACAAAGAAGUUCCGGCAAGCCAAGUUUUUCAAGGGGAAGAGGAGACAACAAGGAGGUCCAAGAAGAAGGGAACGAGGGACCCAUCGAGGGACCCAUCGGUAUCCAGAACCUUGACCUCUGAGUUGGAACCCCGCCUCAUGAAGGUAGAGUGUACUGUGGCGAACAUGCACGAUGAUAUCACACAACUCUCGGACUCCGUGGAGGGGCUCGAAGGAAAAGUGGAGGCCGCACACACUGCUACCCAAGAUUUGAGGGACGAGACUCUUGGGCUCGUCAAUAGCGCGUUGGCAACAAUUCGCGAAGAGGUCGCGAAACUCAAAGAAGAGUUGCUUGGGCAACUAAGGGACAUCCGAGCUGAGGUGGAGUCGGUGAAGGAGGAUGUCAUUUUAUGUAAGAAGGCAGCAGUGACCGGGAGUGUCACUAUCCAACAGGGGCCAAAGAUGGAGGUCCCAAAGCCACAAAAAUACCAUGGGAAGCGAGAUGCUCGAGAAAUAGACAACUUCCUAUGGGGCGUCGAGAGGUACUUCGACGCAAUGAAGAUGGAUGACGAUGCAUCAAAGAUCAAUACCGCCACAAUGUACUUGGGCGAGGAUGCUGUCCUUUGGUGGAGGCGUCGAGAGUUGGACAUCAAGAAGGGGACUUGUUCCAUCAGCACAUGGGACGAGUUCAAGAAAGAUUUCAAGCGUCAGUUCUACCCGGAGAAUGCCAAGAAGGUCUCCAUGAUGAAGCUACGUGACUUAAAGCACACUAGCACAAUCAAGGAGUACAUCAGGCAAUUCACAUCCCUCAUGCUUGAGAUCGAUGAUUUAUCGGAGGUGAACCAACUCAUUUACUUCACCGGAGGUUUACAACGAUGGGCCCAGCAAGAGGUGGAAAGACGGAAUGUUAAGACACUUGCUGAGGCAAUAGCCGUGGCGGAGUCCUUGAUCGAGAUCCCGAGGGAAUCAAGAAAGGACAGGGGCAAAAGGGUCGAGGAAGGUGACCAAGAGGAAGAAGAGGCAUCGCGUCCAAAGGCUAGGUAUGCGGAUCAUGGCAAGGACAAGGCCAAGUCCAAGUGGGAGUCAAAGGGAGACAACCGAGACGGAGGUAAGCCCUCAAAGCCGUUCAAAUGUUUCCUGUGUGAGGGUGCUCACCUAGCGAGAAAUUGCCCGAUGCGGCAAAAAUUAAGUGCCAUGAUCGCAACGGAGGAGGAGUCCGCACCCACAACGAGGAUGGGGGCAAUGGUCAUGAGCGAGGACGCCCAGCUCGCCAAUAUGAGGCUCCUCAACACUUCAAGGGUCGAAGAUGAUGACCUCAAGGAAAGGGCAUCUUCGACAAGCAGCACUACGAACAUCAAGCAAGGAGGAAGCUUGAUGAUCGUAAACGGGGAAGUGAACGAGGUACCGACGAGGCUACUUGUGGACACGGGAGCGUCGCACAACUUCUUGGCUAAGGAGGAAGCCAAAGCCUUAGGGGUGAAGUUCACUAAAGUGGAUGGCGAGAUGAAGGCCAUCAAUUCAGAGGCCACGCCGGUGUAUGGAAGGGCGUGGGGAGUUCCAGUCCGCUUGGGGAAGUGGAAGGGAAAAGUCGACUUCUUGGUGGUCGACAUUGAUGAUGAGGACGUGGUGCUAGGCAUGGAGUUCUUGCACAAGGUCCUACCUUUUCGGGACACCAUGGCCAGAAACAAAGAGAACCGCAAGGGUGACAAAUUCAGACGGCUCUUCCUUCUAUGUGUCUACAAAGCCAUGGAAAAGCUCUCGACCUCAAAGAAAGCUGCUGCCCAGCACCGCUCGGCCAUCUUGGGCAAGCUGUCAACUGUAGAGUUGCCUGCUUCGCCUAAGUCUAUGCUGCGAGUACACGGUCUUUGCAGGCCCAUGAGCGAAAAGACCAAAGAGGCGGCUGCCAACUUGCAGGUCAAAACGGACUUAGAUGCGGCAAAGAAGAGGAUUUCGGAGCUGGAGUCGUCUGUUAAAGACCUCAAGGCUGAGCUCGAGCCUCUUAGGGAGGCGGACUAA